AUGGAUGCUGCGGGAAGGGGCUGCCAUUUGCCGCCCCUGCCAGAGGCGCGCGGACCUGCUCGCUCUCCUGCGGUGGUGGCCGCCGUCAGCGCCGUCCGCCGGCCCUGCCUCUGUAGCGGCGCCGCUUCGGCUCCCUCCGCGGCCGCCGGAGCGGUCGCCAUGAACCCCAGCUCCUCGGCGGGAGAGGAGAAGGGGGCGACGGGCGGCAGCAGCAGCAGCGGAAGCGGCGCCGGGAGCUGCUGCCUGGGCGCCGAGGGCGGCGCGGACCCGAGGGGCGCGGGGGCAGCGGCGGCGGCAGGGGCCGCUGCCCUGGAAGAGCCCGGGGCCGCUGGCCCGAAAGAGAAGGACGAGGCGCUGGAGGAGAAGCUGAGGAACUUAACUUUCCGGAAGCAGGUCUCUUACAGGAAAGCCAUCUCCCGGGCAGGCCUGCAGCACCUGGCUCCCGCACGUCCCCUCAGCCUUCCUGUGGCAAAUGGUCCCGCGAAGGAGCCCAGAGCGACUCUGGACUGGAGUGAAAACGCCGUGAAUGGAGAGCACCUGUGGCUGGAGACCAACGUCUCGGGAGACCUGUGCUACCUGGGAGAGGAGAGCUGCCAAGUCAGAUUUGCAAAAUCAGCUCUCAGGAGGAAGUGUGCGGUCUGUAAGAUCGUGGUCCACACCGCCUGCAUCGAACAACUAGAAAAGAUUAAUUUCAGAUGUAAACCAACAUUUCGAGAAGGGGGCUCAAGAUCUCCAAGAGAAAAUUUUGUCCGUCAUCACUGGGUGCACAGGCGUCGGCAGGAGGGAAAGUGUAAGCAGUGCGGUAAGGGCUUCCAGCAAAAAUUCUCCUUCCAUAGUAAAGAGAUUGUGGCUAUCAGCUGUUCCUGGUGCAAGCAGGCGUUUCACAAUAAGGUGACCUGCUUCAUGCUGCAUCACAUUGAGGAACCCUGCUCGCUGGGGGCUCAUGCUGCUGUUAUUGUCCCGCCCACCUGGAUCAUUAAGGUGAAGAAACCUCAGAACUCUCUGAAGGCUUCCAAUCGGAAGAAGAAGAGAACAAGCUUUAAAAGAAAAGCCAGUAAAAGAGGAACGGAACAGGAAAACAAAGGGCGUCCUUUUGUGAUAAAACCUAUCUCUUCACCUCUCAUGAAACCCUUGCUUGUGUUUGUGAACCCCAAGAGUGGAGGCAACCAGGGAACCAAAGUCCUGCAGAUGUUCAUGUGGUAUCUGAAUCCACGGCAAGUCUUUGAUCUGUCUCAGGAAGGGCCAAAAGAUGCGCUUGAGUUGUAUAGGAAAGUACCAAAUCUGCGAAUUCUGGCCUGUGGUGGGGAUGGAACGGUGGGCUGGAUCCUUUCCAUCCUGGAUGAACUGCAGCUGAGCCCUCAGCCUCCCGUCGGGGUCCUUCCUCUGGGCACUGGGAAUGACUUGGCUCGAACCCUCAACUGGGGAGGGGGCUACACAGAUGAACCUGUCUCUAAGAUCCUUUGCCAAGUAGAAGAUGGGACAAUUGUACAGCUAGAUCGCUGGAACCUCCAUGUGGAAAGAAACCCAGACUUGCCCCCUGAAGAACUUGAAGACGGUGUGUGUAAGCUUCCUUUGAAUGUUUUCAAUAAUUACUUCAGCCUUGGAUUUGAUGCCCACGUAACACUGGAGUUCCAUGAAUCCAGAGAGGCGAAUCCGGAGAAAUUCAACAGUCGUUUUCGAAAUAAAAUGUUCUAUGCAGGGGCAGCUUUUUCUGAUUUUCUACAGAGAAGCUCUCGAGAUCUAUCCAAACAUGUUAAAGUUGUCUGUGAUGGAACAGAUCUCACCCCAAAGAUUCAGGAACUGAAGUUCCAGUGUAUAGUAUUUUUAAAUAUACCCAGAUAUUGUGCAGGCACAAUGCCCUGGGGGAACCCAGGAGAUCACCAUGACUUUGAACCUCAGCGUCAUGAUGACGGUUAUAUUGAAGUCAUUGGAUUCACCAUGGCCUCUUUGGCUGCCCUGCAAGUUGGGGGCCACGGAGAAAGGCUGCACCAGUGUCGGGAGGUCAUGCUGCUAACGUACAAAUCCAUCCCUAUGCAAGUGGAUGGGGAGCCCUGUAGGUUGGCCCCAGCUAUGAUUCGGAUCUCACUGAGGAAUCAGGCCAACAUGGUACAGAAGAGCAAGAGGAGAACGUCCAUGCCUUUACUCAACGAUCCCCAGUCUGUCCCAGACCGCCUGAGGAUCCGGGUGAACAAAAUCAGUUUACAAGACUAUGAAGGAUUCCACUACGACAAAGAGAAACUCCGGGAAGCUUCCAUCCCUCUGGGUAUUCUAGUUGUGCGUGGAGACUGUGAUUUGGAGACUUGCCGUAUGUACAUAGAUCGCCUUCAGGAGGACCUGCAGUCAGUUUCUUCUGGCUCCCAGAGAGUUCAUUACCAGGACCAUGAAACCUCCUUCCCCAGGGCGCUCUCAGCUCAGAGACUUUCCCCACGGUGGUGCUUUCUAGAUGCAACCUCUGCUGAUCGCUUUUAUCGAAUAGACAGAUCUCAGGAACAUUUACACUUUGUGAUGGAGAUUUCUCAAGAUGAGAUUUUUAUUCUGGACCCAGAUAUGGUGUUGUCUCAGCAGGCGGGGACACCUCCAGGAAUGCCUGAUCUGGUGGUGGAGCAAGCCUCAGGAAUGACAGACUGGUGGAAUCCUGCCCUCCGCAAACGCAUGCUGAGUGACAGCGGCCUGGGGAUGACCACUCCGCAUUAUGAAGACUCGGAUCUGAAAGAUUUCAGCCACUCCCGAGUGUUGCAGUCACCAGUCUCUUCAGAAGAUCACGCAAUUUUGCAGGCAGUAAUAGCUGGUGAUCUUAUGAAGCUAAUAGAAAGCUAUAAAAACGGAGGCAGCCUGCUAAUUCAGGGACCAGACCACUGUUCACUCCUUCACUUCGCAGCUAAAACCGGCAACGGGGAGAUUGUGAAAUAUAUCCUUGACCACGGACCUUCUGAGCUACUGGAUAUGGCAGACAGUGAAACGGGUGAGACCGCACUGCACAAGGCCGCCUGCCAGCGGAACCGGGCUGUGUGCCAGCUUCUGGUGGACGCAGGAGCAUCUCUGAGAAAGACGGACUCCAAGGGUAAGACACCUCAAGAAAGAGCACAGCAGGCGGGGGACCCCGAUUUGGCUGCUUACCUAGAAAGCCGCCAGAACUAUAAGAUCAUUGGCCAUGAGGACCUGGAAACUGCGGUUUGACCCUGGUGGACAGGCUGAGUGAACCUGAACGAGCACAUCGCCUGUGCCCUCCUGGCGAUUGGGCAGCUCCCCUGGAAGAAGCUGAUGGAAUCCAUAAAUCUGUCUCUCUCCUGCAAGAAUCUGAGACCAGGCCACCAGUUUUAAGGGCUACCAAGAUGUACAAGAGAACACGAUAGCCCACUGAGGAUGAGGCAGGAUACCUGGAGAUUUGUGGAACACGAGGUCCACAAAAUUCGAUCCUUAUUGCUUCCAGCAAGUAGCAUGAACUUCUGUGUUCACCUGUAUCAUUUAUUUUAAAGAUUCAAGGAUGUUCAUAUAAAUGGCACUGCUCCCUCCGCCCCAUGCGCUCAUCUCUCCCCUGUACCGCACAAUUCUACUGUAACUACCCAUCGGUUAAAAAAAAAACCAAAAACAAACAUGA